UUUCGGUUUUUAGGAGAAUAUGUGUCAACUGUGGAAUUCCUGGAUUAGGCACUGGAUUACACAUGGGACAUGUAGCAGCUACCAGUUCUAUGCUACCGUCAGUUAUUCCCACGGAAUACUUGCUAACAAGACUGGAAGUAAUAGAUAUAAGCUAUUUGGUGAAAGUGGAUCCAGGGCUGGUUCUCUCGCUAGAUGUCGCUUUGCAGUGGCCCGCGUUGAAGCAUGAUCCACGCCAGGCUACGUUAAUUCUCUUCAAGUUUGGUUGGUUGCUAACCGACAAUUUUGUUAAGGGCUGCAUAUGUAGGAUACCUGGUCUAAGUUACGAGCUAGCAGAGUAUAUAGCCAGUAACCUCACACACGUGGUGGGAGUAGCUACUGACGCCCCAACAUUAGAGUCUGAAGAAACACGUGAAAUGACUAAACGAACUGUUGCCAACGCACUAGGAAAAACUGGGAUUUAUAUUAUAGAAAACGUUAAUCUUAAAAGGAAACUGCCGGAGCGCGGUUGCAUGGCCCUCGCAUCGCCGCUAAAGCUCCUCCAAGCCAGCUACGUACCAACGCGUUUCGUUGUCUUCUGCCCUUCACACAAAACUGAACAGUACGUCUCCAUCGCACUUAAGAAGACAAGCCACCCCGUGCAGAUAAUUAAAAACGAUAUCAAUUUAAAUGAGAUUAUGAAUACAUUAUAACCA